AUGCUCGGCGAUUCACCUCCCAAUAAACGUGUCUCGAACAUUUACAACACCCACUCGUUGCCCCCUGGCGCUGCUGCACCGACCAACAGUCUCAACGGCUCCGAGGGGUUUCGUUCCGGCUUCCGGGUCCAGAGUAGAGCCCAAGAUGUUGGGACGCCCGCCCACGCCCCACAUGCUCGCCCCAACGGCACGCCUAUCGCAAUGAUGCAUCGCCAAGCUAACGGCAUGCCGAACGGAGUACCUCAUGAAGUGCCUCUGCCGAUGCAGAACAGUAUGCUCAACGGAGUGGGCCAAAGUUUGUCCAAUGGGACGUCCAAAGCACUGCCAAGCAGUCCACCUCAGGCACAGUACAAACAGCCCAUGGCCAACGGUUACGGUAUUCCUACCAGCCCACCCAAGGCUCCACUCAAGCAGCUCCCAAACAGUCCUCCCAUGGCCCCUCCCAGACAGCUUCACAAUAACAACUACCCCUCACCACGGCCACUGCCAACACCGGUCGCCAACGGUCCGCACGCUACCGGGCCUUAUCCAUCAAACGGAAUGGCGUUACCAAACGGUCACUUCUCCCCUCCAAUGUCGCGACCUGGUCCUCCGACAGGUCACCAGUCCGCACUCCCUUUGCCUCCUGGAGCUGCACACCGGUCGGUACCUAUGCCUGCCCUUGCGUCGCCUCCGAUGUCACCACCAACGGCCCAGUUCAACCCCAUGGAUCCCAGCGGCGGAUUCCCCAAACAGGUGUACUCGCGUCCACCUCUGCUCGACGCCAGUGGCAACGACGGUCCAGCUCGUCGUGGGCCACUUCCGCAGCGUAUGACGUCUGUUGACGCAACCGAGCCCCGGGUUCCCAACGGGUCGCUUCCGCAACACGAUGCGCACAGCAACAGUGGCCACCGUAAUGCCCAAUCACCGCCGGUGCCACCGUCGGCUGGCCAAUUCGCGUCGCGAAACCCAUACGCAGUGUCGUCCCCAGCCCCUGUCCAGAACAGUCACCAAACACAAAUGUUGGACAGGGGUCUGAGAACUCCUGCUUCCGCUCCUUCGGUACCCAACGGCCGUGCUGUGAUCGCGCCGCCUGCACGCUCUACGUCGGUGUCGCAGAGGCCGACGCCGUCACCAUCGGGCGGGCGCCCACUGCCCGCAGAGCCGGGCCGGUCACCUCCUGGCGCUUGGCCAUCGGGCUGGCGAGCACUGCCCCCAGAGCCGAGUCAGUCGCCUCCUGGCACCUGGCCAUCUGCAGCGGCCACAGCUUCCGGGGCGACUGUACACGUCAUCGCAAGUAGCGACACGCGCCGGGCGACACCAGUUGUCCCGACCAGCCAUCCCAUCGCGCCACCUCCUUCCGCUGUCGCGCCAACGAAUAUGGCUCCACAGGCCAGCACGGCCUUGUCCAGGCCCAAGAUCACCAUUCCGUCGACGUCAACCCAAGCCACUAUGCCGCCUCCACAGCCACAGCCUUAUACUGCUCCUGUUUUAGCGGCCGCCACGGCUGCCACGAAUCCGUCGGUGACGAAGGAGGUGCAGCGUCAGGCACCGCCGCCGAAGGGUUCAAGCCUGAUGUCGCCGAUCGAGUUCACACCUUCCAGUACUGUACCUGAGCGACGUGACGCCAAGCCAGAGACUGGCGCUCCUCAGGCCCAGCCUUCUGGAACGUAUGCUGGGGUCGGCAACGGCAUUCCGCCAACGGCUGCACUUGUCGGCAGCCAGCUCCCGCCACGCACCCGGACCUCUGUCCAAGGGCGCCGCAUUGCAUCGUCCCCACUGGCCAGCCCCUCCGUGUCCAUGCCGCCAAGCCCAACUCUGGCUACACACACGCCGGCUUCCGCGUCAACUGGCUCGCGCUCCGUGUCGACCGCGUCCGCUGUCUCUGCAGCCAUGUCGCGCUUCUCUCGGCAGUCCGACUCGCCGGCACCGUCGAUGGCAAGCAGCCUCAGCACCGCUAGAGCGUCGAGUGUCAUGGACAGAGGGCGACCCAAGCUCUUGCACAAGGUUGAGAGGUCGAUGACUAGCUUACUAGUGCACCCGCGCAUCACAAUGUCGUUACUCCCGUUCUUAAACAUCAACAGUUUCCUCAACCUGCUCGGAUCGGACGACGAGCUGCGCAAGUACAUCUCGGGCGAGAUGGUUGGGCGCUGGGUCAUGCGCGAGUGGGGCAUCACUAUCGAGCGGGAGCGCGGCCGGUCGUGGCCUGGUCUGACUGUCUGGGAGGGUUUCCUGGAGUCUCUGCUGCACGACCCUGCGGUCUACAGCACCUACCCGGGGCAGUACCACAACCUCCUGAGGCAUCUGAGCCUGUCGCACUCGCUCAUUGUCCUCUUCCUGCGCACGCUACCUGCGGCCGCGUUCCCAUACGCGCCACCCUUACCGUUCGACGACGACCUGCAGCUGCCGCCUUUGCACAAGUCGAGCUCUGCCGGCAGCUUCCACAGCAUGGGCGGCGCACUCCGGCGCCUCGGGUCUCGUCCUGGUUCCCGCACGGGAAGCUACACAGGCUCUGAUGCCGGUAGCGGAAUGAAGAUGCCGCGGCGUGAGCGCGUCACUGAGGUUGUUAUGCCCGAGCCGCUUUCCGCCGGCCCACGCGACUCGGCUCCAGCGCUGCCUCUGAAGGGCGGCAAGCCGGUGCAUCGCAGAGGCUCGAUUGGCUCGAUCGCUUCAGUUGCGCCGUCGUUCAACUUUGGACGCAAGCGGUCGAACAGCAUGGCCUCGGUCCAGUCCGCGGCGUUCAUGGCGCCAACCUCGGGGGAGAAACCAGCCACUCCAGUCCCGCAGGGCAAGGCUGCGUUCCCGCCUGUGAGCUAUCCGACGGCCAAGCGCUACGAAUUCCGCCGCUAUGGCGACAACGCCUCCCUCAGCCCGUCCGGCAACGGUGGGCCAUCAGGAAGCCGACCCGGAUCGAUCAUGUCCGUGCAGUCGGGCUCUGUGGCUCACCACAACGGCGCCAUGUCAAGUAGCCGUUCGCUUGACACGCUUCCCGCGCCUCCGCCCAUUGGCGGCUCUCGUCGCGGCGCUCGCUCGUCCCUCACUAGCAGUUCGUCUAAGCGCUCUGACGUGGGGGCCAACGGCAAUGGCUCCAACUCACCAGUGCAGCGCCGCUGGGAUUCGCCGACGCAAUUGAUGCGCGUGGAGCUCGCGUUUGAGCGUCCUCCGCCCUUCAUGACUGGCCGCGCUCCGAUUCUGCGCGUCUUCGUUCCCAUCUCGGACAAGGUUCAUCGUUGGCCGUCCAAGGAGGGCGCAGAUGCGUCGUGGCGUGAGCUCGAGAAGUGCGGUGCGAGUAAGCGGAUGCGUCUUGGCGACCUUGUUGUCAAUACGGCUCUCAGCAGGCCGUCCAACACCGAGCACGUCCUUAUCUUUGUGCCCUUUGUUCAGCACAAGCUUGUGCCGCUCGAGUAUGUGCACUGCAACACCGGGCACCUCCCGCACUACCUGGACGCGUUUUCGCUCUCGCCGACAUACUACGAUCCGUUCCUCCCGACACCACAGAUCAUCUACCUCGACUUUGCGCCGUGGGCGCAGCAGGCGAUGAACUCUGUGCGUCUCGCGUACGAGCGCCGCGACCACAUGACGACGUCGGGCGCCCGCAUCAGCGCCAAGCGUUACCUGCACGUUGGCGGUAUCGAGGUCAAGGCUGGCGACCGGGUCGCGCCUGAGUGGCAAGGCAUGAUCUCGCUCGAGGCCGAGGGCACUGCUGAGGGUCGGCAGGCAAUGGAGGCGCGGUUCGGGCACGGCGAUCCGGCGCGCGUGAUCAUGGGGCCGUGGGAGGUUGUGCGCGAACGCUCGAUGCUCGGCAGUCUCUGGCUGCGUCUGAUUCCCGAGAGUCGUUAG